CUUCUACGCAUGGCUUACAAAUCCGCAGCAGUAGAGUGACUUUAAACCAGAGAGAAGAAGAUGAUGAUGAAGAAGAAGAUGAUGAACAAGAGUUUAUUCUGAAGAGGUCGCUUUCAGAGCACAGAUUCUAGACGCCUAUGUUGUUUUUCUACUUUUCGAAAGAGAACAACAGUACACUACAGAGAGAUCGUCGGAGAAGAGCGGAAGAAUCGAGAAAAUCAGAUGGAGAACACUCCUUCCUGUCCUCGAAGUGUGAAUGUCAAUCUCAAAAAUCUUCCUCCAAUUCAUAAUCCGUGUACUGGAAAUGCAAAUCACUCCUCGAUUCCGGCUAAAUUUGAGAAAUCGAGGUAUAUUGGGCGCGUUCCUCAGUUUAUGCCACCUAAUCACUCGCCGGAUAUAAGGCCGAACGAAUAUGAUGGCUUGCCGUUGAACACGGCGUGUUUUGAUUCUGCUCGUUCUCCUAAUGCGAGGACGACUCCGGAGGAAAGGAAAGAGAAUUUCGGGGAUUCAGCUUCGAGGUCCAGUGGUUGCAGUCAUGACUCGACCAAAGAAGGUACUUCAGUAAAGAAAUCGGCGAAGUCCCUUCUGUAUGAGAUAUGCACUGCAAAUCACUGGAAGCCUCCUCUGUUUGAAUGCUGCGAGGAAGAAGGUCCAAGCCACGCAAAAAAGUACACAUUCAAGGUUAUUGUAGAGAUGAAGGGAGAUUGUGGAGAA